AUGUGCGUACUUGAUGCUGAAAGUUGUUUUUCCCGACCGCAAGUCCAAGCCCACGAUCUGCGAAGAGCAGGACGAAGGAAGAGAAGAGAAGGAGACGAGGACGAGGACGAGGACGAGGACGAGGACGAGGACGAGGACGAGGACGAGGGCGAGGACGAGGACGAGGAGGACGAGGGCGAGGACGAGGACGAGGACGAGGACGAGGACGGGGAUCAUGAGCAAAAAGCAGAAGGAGAGUCUAGACUUACCGACUGA